AUGGGUGAGAAGAAACCGGAGCCUUUGGACUUUGUGAAAGAUUUCCAGGAAUACCUAACUCAGCAGACCCAUCAUGUCAACAUGAUUUCUGGAUCAGUUAGUGGGGACAAAGAAGCAGAGGCUCUUCAGGGAGCUGGAACAGAUGGUGAUCAAAAUGGACUUGAUCACCCAUCUGUUGAAGUUUCCCUGGAUGAAAACUCAGGAAUGUUAGUAGACGGGUUUGAAAGGACUUUUGAUGGAAAGCUCAAGUGUCGGUACUGCAACUAUGCCAGCAAAGGCACCGCCCGGCUCAUUGAACACAUUAGAAUUCACACAGGUGAGAAACCUCAUCGAUGUCACUUGUGUCCAUUUGCAUCUGCCUAUGAGCGUCAUCUGGAAGCCCACAUGCGUUCCCAUACAGGAGAAAAACCAUACAAAUGUGAAUUGUGUUCCUUCCGCUGCAGUGACCGAAGCAACCUGUCCCAUCAUCGAAGGCGCAAGCAUAAAAUGGUACCAAUUAAAGGUACUAGGUCUUCCUUAAGCAGCAAGAAAAUGUGGGGGGUUUUACAGAAGAAAACUAGCAACCUGAACUAUAGCAGAAGAGCACUCAUCAACUUAAGCCCGCCUUCCAUGGUGGUUCAGAAGCCAGACUACCUUAAUGAUUUUACCCACGAAAUCCCAAACAUCCAGACUGACUCCUAUGAAAGUAUGGCGAAAACCACAGCAACUGGAGGCCUGCCAAGAGACCCCCAAGAACUCAUGGUUGACAACCCUUUAAACCAGCUCUCAACUCUAGCUGGACAGCUGUCCAGUUUGCCACCUGAAAACCAAAACCCCGCGUCCCCGGAUGUAGUUCCCUGCGCCGAGGAGAAGCCCUUCAUGGUGCAGCAGCCCUCUGCCCAGGUGGUAGUUUCUGCCGUGUCAGCAAGUCUUCCGCAGAGCUCCUCUCCCACCAGCCCCGAGCCUCGGCCGUCACACGGUCAAAGGAACUACAGUCCGGUGGCAGGGCCGAGCAGUGAACCGAGUGCCCACACAAGUACUCCAAGCGUGGGAAACAGCCAGCCGAGCACUCCAGCUCCCACCCUGCCCGUCCAGGACCCGCAGCUUCUCCACCACUGCCAGCACUGUGACAUGUACUUUGCCGACAAUAUCCUUUACACCAUCCACAUGGGAUGUCAUGGGUAUGAAAAUCCUUUUCAGUGUAACAUAUGUGGGUGCAAAUGUAAAAACAAGUAUGAUUUUGCCUGUCAUUUUGCAAGAGGGCAACAUAACCAACACUGA